AUGUGCACCCUAAAGCUGCCAGUAGUUCUCAUUGUACUCUCUGUUGCAUUAAACCAUCUGAAAGCUACACCCAUUGAAAGUCAUCUGGUGGAAAAACGGAAAUGCAACACUGCCACCUGUGUGACGCAACGCCUGGCAAAUUUUUUAGUUCGUUCCAGCAACAACCUUGGUGUAGUUCUCUCACCUACCAACGUGGGAUCCAACACAUACGGCAAGAGGAAUACAGUUGAUGUUUUAAACAGAGAACCACUGAAUUACUUCCCCCUUUAG